AAAAAAGGUAGCGCCGUUCAGUGACUGACUAAGUUUUAGUCACGUUUGUCGUUUGUCGUAACACUUGUGGUUUAUGUAUAAUAAUUUGAUCGUUCUACAAUAUUGCGUUUUAUUGUGAUUUAGUGUUAUUAAUAAUAAAUAAUUCUAUUAUAUUUUGUGCAAAAUUCGUUAUAUGGAUGUGUAAAAAAGUGUUUAAUUUUUUAUUUUAAUAUAAAACCUAUAUUGAGAAAGGAUAAUUUUUCUAAGUACUGAUCGACAAAUUGGCGGGAUAUUAUUCUUUGUUCCACAAUCUUGAAUCUUAAAAAAGAUACAUGGAAAUAGGUUAGUCUCAUUGAACAUCAUGCAAUAAAUGAAAGGAAUGAUUGUCUUCAGGAAAAUACACAAUUUCGAAGUCAACUAGAUAAAAAAUAUCUAUUAUCUGGUUAUUUCGCAUUUCGAAUUUACGAAAGAAUGACAUAAUAUUAAUAAACAAUUUAUCCAAUUUAUUUUAAUUAACAGUGAUGUUAUAAUUCUGAGUUUAAAAAAUUUAAAAUAUCGAUUUGACGCUCCCAUAUAACUGAUCAAUAUAAUACAUAACUGAUCAAUAUAUAAUAAGCAACAAAAUGUCUCUCUUCCGGAAAUUUAAUGAACGAAUACCAAGAAGAGCAAUUUUAGGUGCCAUGAUGUUUUUAGCGUGUAUGUUUUCAUAUAUGAUUCGCACUAAUUUGUCAAUUAUAAUCGUUGCUAUGGUAAAUACAACUAGUAAAAGUGGAGGAAAUGGUCCAGCAUGUUCUGCUACUAUUAUCAGUAAUACUACGAAUAGAACUAUUGAACUUAAAGAUUAUGGCGAACGAUUUGAAUGGAAUCAACAUAUACAAGGUUUUUUACUUUCUGGUUAUUUUUAUGGAGUUCUUCCAGCAAGUAUACCUGCUGGUCUUUUAGCAGAAAAGUAUGGAGGUUCUAGAGUAGUAGCAUUUGCAACAUUAAUACCUGCAGUAUUAAACCUUUUGAUGCCUUGGGUUUCUGGUAUUCAUUAUGGUUUAGUAUUCGUACUUCGUUUUUUGAUGGGCUUUUUUGGAGCAGCUAUUUAUCCUGCUCUUCAUGCAAUGAUUGCCAGAUGGGUUCCUCCUAGUGAGAAAGGUAUAUUUGUAUGGACAAUGCAAGGUGGUCCUUUUGGAACUGUAGUAACAUUUACAUUAUGUGGUCAAAUAAUCAGUGCUUUUGGUUGGAAAGCUGCAUAUUAUGUUACAAGUGGACUUAUAUUGAUUUUUUAUGCUUUGUGGGUAUUUCUUAUAUAUGAUACACCUGAUCUUCAUCCAGGAAUCACAGAAAAUGAAAAAGUUUUUAUCAAAGAACAAAUAGGUACGAGUGUUUCUAAACAGAAAGUGAAACUACCAGUCAAAGCUGUUGCUACAUCAAUACCAUUUUUAGUUUUACUAUGGGCUCAUUUUGCAAAUAUGUGGGGUAUAUAUUUCAUUGCUACUAAUGGACCGAAAUAUACUUUAGAAGUUCUUGGUUUUAAUAUGAAAUCGGGAGGAUCAAUUACAGGAUUACCUUACAUAGCAAGACUUGGUGCUGGAGUAUUAUUUGCUGCAGCUGGUGAUUAUGUUCGAAAAAAAAAAAUUCUUACUUUAGGAUGGAUUAGAAAGAUAUUUAUGCUCUUUUCACAUAUGGGUCCAGCAUUAGCUUUGAUUGUAAUGACAUAUGUUGGUUGUGAUGCAAUAACUGCAAUUGUUAUGUUAAUAAUAGCACUAAGUUUUAAUGGAGCUGCAUGUCAAACUAAUUUACAAAACCAUCAAGAUCUUGCACCCAAUUAUGCUGGCUCUUUAUAUGGAAUCAUGAACACUUUUGGUAGUUUUCCUGGAUUUAUUAUUCCAGCAAUUAUUGGUGCUUUGACAAAUGAAAGAAAUGGAGUAGAAGAAUGGCGUAUUAUGUUCUGGAUUUCAACAGCAGUAUUUACAUCUGCAACAAUACUCUUCUGGUUUUUUGGAUCAGCAGAAAUUCAAUCAUGGAAUAAUUUAAAUCAACAAAAAAUAUCGACACUUUCUGAGGAAGAAACAACACAAAUGACCGCAGUGGCCAUUAAAGAAUUACAGUCAGAAGAAGAAGAAGAUGAAUAUAAAGCAGCAAAUGUUAAUUAAAAAAAUUGCAUUUAUAUGGCUUAACAUUAAAUUUUCUGUAUUAUCUGUACUAACGCAUUUAAUCUUAUAAUAUGGAAAUUUUCAAAUCAUUUUAUAAAUGAUAUAAAUAUUAUUUUUUUUUUAAAAAAAA